CGCGCGGCCCGGCCCACUCCAGCCGCGGCGAUCUCUGCCCGCGGCCCGCGCCCCGGCCCGGCCCUGCUCCGCGUCCGCUCGGCCCCGCCCGCCGCCCUGGCUGGGCCGCGCGGCCAUGAGGCUGCGGGGAUGCGGUCCCCGGGCCGCCCCCGCCUCCAGCGCAGGGGCCGGCGAGGCUCGGCGGCUGGCGCCCCCGGGGCGGAACCCCUUCGUGCACGAGCUGCGCCUCAGCGCCCUGCGCAAGGCCCAGGUGGCUGUGAUGACGCUGACGCUGUUCCCCGUGCGGCUGCUCCUGGCGGCCCUCAUGAUGCUGCUGGCCUGGCCCUUCGCGCUCGCUGCCUCGCUGGGACCCGCUGAGAAGGAGCCGGAGCAGCCCCUGGCCUUGUGGCGCAGGGUCGUGGACUUCCUGCUCAAGGCAAUCAUGCGCACCAUGUGGUUCGCCGGCGGCUUCCACCGGGUGACCGUGAAGGGGCGGCGCGCGCCCCCCGCCGAGGCGGCCAUCCUCACGCUGGCGCCACACUCCUCCUACUUCGACGCCAUCCCCGUCACCAUGACGAUGUCCUCCAUCGUGAUGAAGGCCGAGAGCAGAGACAUCCCGAUCUGGGGAACUCUGAUAAGGUACAUCCGGCCGGUGUUCGUGUCCCGCUCCGACCCGGACUCUCGCAGGAAAACAGUGGAAGAAAUCAAGCGACGCGCACAGUCCGGCGGAAAGUGGCCGCAGAUAAUGAUUUUCCCGGAAGGAACUUGCACGAACCGGACCUGCCUCAUCACCUUCAAGCCCGGUGCGUUCAUCCCCGGAGUCCCCGUCCAGCCUGUGGUCCUGCGAUACCCAAACAAGCUGGACACCAUCACGUGGACGUGGCAAGGACCUGGAGCGUUGGAAAUCCUGUGGCUCACGCUGUGUCAGUUUCACAAUCAAGUGGAGAUUGAGUUCCUCCCCGUCUACAGCCCUUCCGAGGAGGAGAAGAGGAACCCCGCGCUGUACGCGAGGAACGUGCGGCGCGUCAUGGCAGAGGCCCUGGGCGUCUCCGUGACAGACUACACGUUUGAGGACUGCCAGCUGGCCCUGGCGGAAGGACAGCUCCGGCUCCCCGCCGACACCUGCCUCCUGGAAUUUGCGCGGCUGGUGCGGGGCCUGGGGCUAAAACCAGAAAAGCUUGAAAAAGAUCUGGACAAAUACUCAGAGAGCGCGAAGAUGAGGAGAGGAGAGAAGAUCGGGGUCCCCGAGUUCGCGGCGUACCUGGAGGUGCCCGUGUCCGACACGCUGGAGGACAUGUUCUCGCUGUUUGACGAGGGCGGCGGCGGCAAGGUGGACCUGCGGGAGUACGUGGUGGCCCUGUCCGUGGUCUGCCGGCCCGCCCAGACCCUGGACACCAUCCGGCUGGCGUUCAAGAUGUACGGGUCCCCGGAGGAUGGCAGCUUAGACGAGGACGCCUUGUCCUGCAUCCUCAAGACUGCCCUGGGCGUGGCGGAGCUUUCCGUGACCGACCUCUUCCGAGCCAUCGACGAGGAGGAGAAGGGCACGAUCACAUUCGCCGACUUCAGCCGAUUCGCAGAACUGUACCCCGGCUUCGCGGAGGAAUACCUGUACCCAGACCAGACGCAGUUCGACAGCCGCGCGCAGACCCCGCCCGCCCCAACCCCCAACGGCUUCUGCACUGACUUCAGCCCCGACAGCUCGGACGUUGGCAGGAGGCCUUUCCGCAAGAAACUGGACUAGGACGCGCUGCGGAGAGACGCGGCCGCGAGCCAGUGUGCGCGUCCGGGCCUCGCUCCCGCUCUGCUGUCCGGCGCCGCCUCCGGCCCGGUUCCGGAAGACUGGGGUUUGGUUUGUUUCUUCGCGAAGAGGCUCCGCGUCAGAGCCAGCGUGUGGGGCGCCGCCGUGCGCGGAGGAUUUGGGAAGAGCGAGGUCGGUCCCCACUGCCGGUGUAGGCGGGGGCUCCUGGGCGGGGCUCCCGUGCGCCCGGCCCUGGGUUUCCGUCAGUCCCCGGUGCGGGCGCCUGCUCCGCCCGCGACACACCUGCACCCGGACCGGACCGGCCGCGGAAUCCCGCCCACCUGUGUGGGCCGCAGCGUGGCAGUGCGUCGUCUGAUUUUUAGACAUUUCUAUAUUUGUGCGGGAACUCACGAGUAUUUUAUAAAUUUCAUUUCGGUACUUCAGGAAACAUUCCACAUUUUUAAAAAAGAAAAAAAAAAGAAAAUUGUUUUUCUACUUCAUUUUUCCUUUUAGGGUCAGAGAAUAUUUAUUUAUAGGCCUUUUUUUGAUAGCAUCCCAGGCUGUUUAGGGCUUGGACCUGAAUCUCUGUCGGGCCUCUCUCUACCGGGUAAAUAAACCCUCUCCUCCCCUCCCGUUCGGGCCAGGGGAGGCUUGGCCACAAGCUCCUGGCCCCAAAAUACUUUUUUCUGCUUUUCUUAAUCCUUUUCAGAUACCCCUCUUUUUUAUAGACGUUACCAGUUUGGUAUUUCUGUUUGAAUAUAACGCAGCCUACUUCAUCGUAGCUUAAACUGCAGUCGGGCACUGAAUGUCGGUGGAGCGCACUGGGCGGGGUGUCGGCCGGGAGUCAGCCGUGGCGUGUCAACAGCAUGUUGGCUCCCGGGCCUCGGGCAGACCCUGAGACUCGGGCCAGACCGGUGGUUCCUCCCUCUCCCGCCAGCAGGUCCCCUUGGAAGCGCUGCUGCUUCCUCUCCUCCGCUCCGGUUUCCAUGGCGAUCAGGGUGCCGGGGUGCCGCAGCCCCGAGUGGGCUGACCUUCUGUGAGGAGCAGCGAGCGCAGCUGUAGCUUGUAGAAGGACGGGGCUUGGGGCGUGGCGUGUGUGGCCACAGGGUGUCUGGCCGCCAGACGGCUCCUCCCUGCAGCCCCCCCCCCAUGUGUCCCCGGGAGCGAGUGCUGGGUCCCCUCUUAGGAAGGAAGGGGUCGUGUUGGCGUGACCUUUAGCUUCAUGCCAUCACCUUUUUCAUCGUUUUUUUACGGCAUAAUUAGAAUCUACCCCUAAAGCACAAUAAUAAUCGUAGACUUUAGUUUGUUUCCUAAAGCAAAGCCUCUGGGUUUAUUUGGAAAAACGUUUUUGAUUUUUUUUUUUAAUUUCUGAGAUGAGUCGGUGUUUGUGUUGGGGGCAUCUCUGCGGAAAGUGACCGCCAGGCCAGUAAGUGCAGGAGAAGACGACACUAACCUCGGAGAGACCCGCAUGGGCUCUGCCCGCCGGGGCCGCCAGGCGGGGAGCAGAGCCAGUGUCUGGGCUCGCUGGGCUCAGAAGACCCCCCAGUGCAGCCUUAGUAGCGAACAGCAGUUAUUUUGUAGCUAUACAACGUGCAUAAAGGUCCGUUCCUAAAAGAGAAAAAGCCCAUAAGCGGCCAAUGAAGGGGUCAACAAACUAAGAUAUUCUGGGGGUGGGGGGGCCGGGCGGCUUCCUGCCCCAAAGGUCUGCACAUGACGGGUUUUGCAUGAAACGCCACCGUGCGUUUUCAGGAAACAAACAAACAAAAAAAACCCUGAUCAACAGACUUGAGUGGAUGUUUGUUCCUCCUGAUUCUCUUUUCUCUCGGGCAGUAGCAUGGAGCCCUCGGGCGUUCAGAGCUGUGAAUGUACAUAGUGUGGGGUCCGCCCCUGCGCGUGGCGCCGCCCGGCUGCAGGGCCCCUCGGGGACCUGAGGUCGUGGCCGGUGGCCUCAAAAAGAACUUUGGAUUUUCAGUGGAAUGAAUAAAACUUACAGUCUUGCGUA